GGUUGCGCCCUUUCGAUACGCCGGUCGACGGAGCUCUUGCGGUGCGUUCGCUCUUCGCUCGAAUUCAGAAGUCGCUUCUUGCACAUGCGAGACAUGUGUUACGGACGCGCAUUUAUCUCUCGUCAAGACUAAUUGCUUAGCUAGUGAUGUGAUUUUUUUCAGCUUUAAUAAAUCCGUGUUUCGCUCCGGUGCCCGUUAAUUGAGGAGAAUUAGUGCAGGUGACGGAGGGUUAAAUCUCCACAGGAAAAGAUGAACGGUGAACUAUCUCGGGGACUCCCGGGAAGGCGGCGGCCGACGCCAAUUCCUGUGCCGCCACCGAGAAUACCCACCCCAAUGCCUCCAUCCAACAACAACAAUCCGCCCAGAUCCGUGCAUUCGAAAGAUCCGAACAUGAAAAUCCAUCCCUCGUCAGUUGGACCAGACAUUCCUAAGCUUAUCACAAAGGCCUCCUAUAAGCUACUGGAUAACGAUGUCAAAACGGCAUGGAUCAAUCCGAGGCUAAUCUCAAAGGUCGACAUGGAGGUAAUCAAGAGCACGGAAUACGUGCCGCCCCCGGAGAGCAACAUGAAUGGGCACUACAGCCACCUCAUGUCUCAUCACAACCAAAGCGUCCGAAGCCAGCAGCGGCCGUCAGAGUGGGAGACGGUGAAUGGGCGCGCGAAAUCCCGAUCAGCGGCGGCUCCAGUGCCUGCCCCAACACAGGCGGCAGUAGACGCAAGGCGUAGGAAGCAAACCACUAAACCGCAAAUGGAUAGCCACGACAGACUGAUCAACAAUCGGAGUCUCAGGCCGACAUCAAAGGCCAAGAAUCAAAGACCCGCCGCGCAGAGAAUGGAAAAAGUGAAAGGGGUUGUGGGGUACCAGAGUGCAACCGCGUGUUACGUGGGGGGUGCGAUGCAACAUGACAGUGCUGUGUACGGUGUUUAUUCGGAAACUAAGUACACUUUUGCUGUGAACGGCAUGCCGGGGACCUCCGCUCAGGCUUCGGCGGCGGCGGCGUUUUUUGCAAGAGCCGCCCAGAAGCUGAACCUUUCUUCGUCUCCACAUCGUCGGAAACGCUACAACUCCGAAGAAACCGAGUCGUCUGGUUUCUGUGGAACGUUGCAGCGUUCUCCACCUCCCGUCCCGCCGGCGCUUCUCCGUAGAAUCGGAGUAAAAGAAGUGACCGGAGUCGGAAAGGUUAAAGUGAUGCUGCGAGUGUCGAAUCCUUGCUCCGGUCCCGGAGCCGAGGCAUGUUCAAACACGUUCUUCAGCUUAGACAAACGAAAGAAACAAGUUAAUCUAAUUGACCCUUCGACUUGCGGGAGUUCAUCAGCGCCUGAAGAUCGCAGAGUUGGUGUCGCAGCGCCCAAAAUGUUCGCCUUUGACGCUAUCUUCUCCCAAGAUGACUCGCAGACGGAGGUGUGUUCGAGUGCCCUCACGGACGUCAUCCACGCGGUCAUCAAUGGGAAUGAUGGUUGUCUGUUCUGCUUCGGACAUGCAGGACUCGGAAAGUCGUACACCAUGCUAGGGACCCCCGAAAACGCGAACACCCUAGGAAUAAUCCCUUGUGCCAUUUCGUGGUUGUUCAAGGGCAUCAACGAACAGAAACAGAAAACUGGUGCUAGAUUUUCAGUGCGUGUUUCAGCCCUAGAAGUAUGCGGGCCGACGAAUCAAAUGCGCGAUCUCCUCGCCGGAUAUGCGAACGCAGACUCGGAGCAAUCCCCCGGCGUCUACCUGAGAGACGACCCCUUGUUUGGCAACCAGCCCCCGCACUGCGAACUGCGGGUGCCCACGGCGGAGAAGGCGGCUCACUACUUGGAUGCAGCUAUCGAGUGCAGGGCACCCACGAGAGAGGACACCAGGGAUUCCCAUCUUUUGUUUACUUUGCACGUUUAUCAGUACAGCGUCGCUGGAAAGGGGGGCGUCGCCGGCGGCAGGAGUCGUCUGCAUCUGAUCGACCUGGGCAAUUCAGAACGAGGCAAAGCAAGUGGUGGAAUCCCGCUUUCCGGAGUCGGAAAUAUCCUACUCGCAAUAUUCAACGGCCAGAAGCACUUACCUUACAAAGAACACAAAUUGACACAACUACUGAAAGACUGCCUCAGCUCGCUCACUUGUCACGCGGCCAUGAUAGCUCACGUGUCUCCAUCCGCGCAGAACUACUCCGAUACCUUAACGACCGUGCAAUUAGCCUCCAGGAUCCACCGGAUGCGGCGGCGGCGGAUCAAGUUCGUUUCGGCGGGCACCGGAAACGGCUCGGGGGGCAGCUCGGGGGAGGAGCCGACGCGCACCACCGGCACCAGCAGCGAGCCGGAUCCCUCCAGCAGCGACCUGUCCGCGGACACGGUCAUCUACGUCGGGCCGGCGGACGACGCCACCGACGGAGAGCAUCCCCCGGUCUACAUCCCCAGCCUCAACUCCGGGGACAACCGCUGCUCGAUGAGCAAGGCUCUGCGCGGCUCCAGCGCCGAGCAGCGCCCCUCCAAAGUUCCUACGAAAUGCGAAGACAAAGCGCAGAGUCAUCGUCCGUCGAUUAAAAAUUCGUGCCAAAGUAAUAAGACCUCCCCUGCUCACACCAACUCGCCAAAGUCGUCGCCGAGCAGAGCCCCCGCUGCCAAGAGCAAGUCCGACGCCGUUAAACAUUCAGUUAACGGAGCCAGCGACGAACAAUGGAUAGACGGACCGAGAAUUUCUAAAUCUAAAGUCGCCGAAGCGAGACACCUCAUGAAGGAACCUUGUCACGUAAAGAAACGGGAGACUUGGAUUGAUGGACCCAUGCAGGCUGAGAAUACGACCGGCUACGGGUACAUGGACAGCCACAAAAAGAACAUGAUCAGGAAGUGGGUGGAACACCAGACGUCACAAAUCCAGAGGGCGAAGUACGUCCAUCCGAGAAUGCAAGAACAGAAAGCGUACAAAGAACCACUCAAGGAAAUGACGCAGUUCAAGACGUACGAAGAUGAAGUCGUCAAACCGCUUGACACUAGGAAGCAAGAAAACGUGGAGGAGUCCACCAUAAGAACUGGGUUAAAGUUGACGUCAGCUAAGAACGAUGCAAUCCCGGAAUGUCAGACCCCAGACGAAAAAGACUACGGCGACCCUGACGGUGAAGAAGAUUUAGAAGACGAAGAAGAAGCAGUGGAAAUUCCUCCGGCGCUACCACUGAUUCAACCUCUCAGCAGCCGAGAAGUGUCUCUAGAGAGUCUUGAUAUGUUACUCAAAGAACGAAUGUUGUCGAAUGCCGAAUACAACAAUUACCAAAACAACAGUUACGAAGAGAACGUCGGAAGCGACGAAGACGAAGUUUUAGAAAUCAUCGAAGUAGAAGAACCUCUAGAACCUGUCCCCACUCAAGACUGCUGCUUACAAGUAACCGAAGAAGACAUCGCUUUGUGUAUGGGUUAUAUAGAAAACCCUCUACCCGAAGUAGACCAAGAAAACCCCCUCGACCACCCUUUACGCAUUCUAAGCCAAGAAAACCUCACAGUAGUGUCCACCUUCACGGAUUCCAUGUCAGUUUAUACCGACUUAGAACGAAUAUUACCGAGACAUCGAUACGAUACACGUUACGGCCUAUGCAACGACGAUUACGAAGACCCCGAUAACCCUUAUCCUCGCAACGGAAAUUUGGACGAAACUACUCAGAAAAAAUUCGACCAAUUGGCACGUUUGCACCAGCUGUAUACCAACAGGUUAGCUAAAGCAAAUGUGGCAAAUUCCGAAACUUAUCAAAGCCAGAAACAGAAUCACCGGACGCUCAGUAGAUGUGAAUCCUUAUCGCUCACGGACAUGCUUUACGGAGGAGUCCAUGACAACGGGAGCAUUUACAGCGAACCGGCCUACGUGCAAGAAAAGUUCUGCGAAAAUUGUAAAAUAAACAUGGCCAGACCAGCAACCGCCCAGAAUUGGUACACCGAUAUGUAUUUAUCUGCAAGUACUCAAGAUUUAACGGAGAAGAAGUCCGAUGGAUUAGGCGGAAGGUUUCAAAGGUACUGUCACAAUUACGGUACUGACCAUAAUUUAGCUUAUUUACGCCAUCCAGAUGGCGCCUCCAAUCCGAAUUUACGGGAAGAAUCCAGGGUACGUGGAAACGGAGCUUCAACUUCUGAGACUUCUAAGCCUGUUGCGCCACCUUUGCCUCCCCCCAAUAGUCUUCCAUCCGUCGAAAGAAUGAAUAGAGCCAUACUUAGCAUAGAAUCAGGUGUGACCGCUAUUAAGUUGACCCAAAAGUCGGAAGGAUACGACAGCGGGCACGACUCCACCCCGAGGACGUCGAAGCAUAGUCCUGCUGCUAUAAGCAGAAGGGCUGAGAGCGGCUACGACAGUGUCGUUAGGGAUAGUGAGAGUUCUAGCAUUGAUUCUGAUACUAGUAGAAUGUCGCACAAUUUACAUGGACGUAGGGGUAAAUGCAAACAUAAACACGAAAAAUCUUUCUGUUCCUGGUUUCUUAAUCCAUUUACAUGUAAAUAUAUCGAUGACCCGCCCGAGACUCAUUUCUAAAAGCUUGGUAGCAUUAACAGACAUUACUUUGUUAGUCAAGCGAGUGGUGGUCCAAAUUUGACACCAAAAAGUUGAGUAAGCUGGAAGCUGCCUGUUUCAUAUCUUACUUUUGUUGUUCUAUUGAAGACUGAAUUGGAAAAAACGAUAUUUUCCGAAGGCUUCUUUUCCCGCUGUAAUAAUUUGAACCAGACUCGUAGCUUGUGUGAUCUCAGGAAGCCGAACUUAAUAAUCCAGUAAAGUUUUUAAAUCGAAUAAUUGUUGUCAUCAUUAUGUUUACAUUGUUAAUUUCUUGAAAAUUUUACUUGGAGAAUCGUGGACAGGAUGGCGCUCGUACUACGAGCAGUUCAUUACUUAUUCUAUGUACAGCUACUAAUAAAUAUAAUGUGAUAACAUGUUAUCAAUUUAAAGACUUUCGUCGUUUUGUAUCUCACUACAUUAAUGUAACAUCACAUAUUUUUUCACUAAACUCCCCCAGUAGAGAACGCUUUUGUACGCGCAUUUAUAACAUCAUAUGUUAUGCAACGAAACAGUAUCAAUCGUAUACGUCGAAAUGUGUCAAAUUUAUCUUUAGAAUCAUUUAUAUCAUUUAACAUAUAAUAUAAUUUAAGGAUAUUACCGAACUUGGCAUGUACAUCUAUUUUGGUAUCGAUAUUAUUAUUUACUUCCUGCAUAUCAUUAACUUUUGAGGGAUCAAAAUGAUAUCUUGCCAACUGACUUUCUAAAUAGAUACUCCAUAAGCUAAGACUGCUUGUCAAUUUUGAUCUCGACAUCUAAAUUUUAUACAAAGCUUCUUUAUAUACAACUUGUAAUAUGAACAUUUUAUUUGUGAUAAACUGCGUAAGUAGUUAUAUUCAACGGCUUUUUGUUCGUUCAGAUUUAUAUGAAAUGUAAAUUAGUGUAAAUUUGUGUAUUUAUUUCGAUUUUAUACUGUUAUUAUUAAUCAUUUGAAUUUAUUUGUAAA